UUUAACAGCGCCUUAGUCUGUCGGGAGGGAGAAGAAGAAGUCGUGUACCUCCAUGUGGUGGCGCUGCAGUCUGAACCGUGAUUGAAGCAGUGAAGAAGAAGCCGUUCCCCCACCACCACGACUUUGACGUUAGCAUCAGCGGCUCUUGACCUUCCUGCAGCAGCGAGACGAGCAGAGAUGGCUGGACGUGUGUUUGCUUCUUGGUGGGCCAAGAUGGGCCCUUACUACACAAAGGCAUACCCGGAGAUGUGGGUGGGUCUUGGCAUCAUGACUUACCUGUACUAUAAAGUCUCCUAUGGGGGCAAGAACGCAGUGAAGGACAAGCCUGCCCAUUGAGUUUUCCACGAUGCUGACCCCCCCCCCCACCUGCUGUUAAAUAAACUCGCUCAUCUUGAAGUCCAGAUUCAAAUUUGACUUUUUGUUAAUAUGGAACAAAUAAAGUUGUUAUCCAGUG